CAGCAAGGAGGAGGCAGCCUCCAUAUUCUAGCGGAUGGAUCCAAUGAAAACUCGGUGGGACACCUCCGAUACCUUUUAGGUCCCUCAGAAAUGACUUAACUGCAACUUUCGUGCGGAACUGAAUCUCCUGGUGCUGAUUUGCAUGGGUUUUCUGCGGUGAAAAAAAAGCCCCCUUGCGUAUAUUGCAGCUGCAAGAUAUUUAAAGUAGAUUUUUUUCCAGCCUGGGGGAGGAAAAAUAUUUUUUUUCUCGUCAGAGUGUGUGGGCUUUUAGAUUAGUUUUGCAUUUGGCAUCCUUUUCCUGUAACCAGACACGACGCGUUCUGGCCAAGCGGAGUUUGGCUCACUUUUACGCGCUUUAUCGUUUUGCGCAUCACCAAGCGGAGCGCAAGGAUCUCGUUUUCCAAACUCCGCUGCAAAAAAACUGCCACAUUAACCAAGGAGUUUGCCUUGAAAAGAUCCUAAAACAACCCGAGCUGUAUCUCCUCGUUUGCAGUAAAAACCACGUCAUUCUGUCAGACAGCUCCCUCCCCUCCUUUUCCUCCCUGCUGGAGCGACAUCCACAGUUUAGGAAGCAACUGGGUGAAGAUUUUUUUUUUUUUUUGGAUCAGAAGCCCAAUCAUGAUGACCGGAUUUCGGCUCAACUUGUCGCCCCUGAAGGAGCCUCUGGGCUUCGUCAAACUGGUGGAGUGGCUCACAGCCAUCUUUGCUUUUGGAAGCUGUGGUGGAUUCUCUGGGAGGAACAUCAUAUCUCUCUUCUGUGGAGAUGGCAGGAACGAAACUCUCAAUGCCAACUUUAACUACCCGUUCAGGUUGAGCGAGGUCCCGCUCAUUGAUGGAAAUACCACUCUUUGUAACCGCUCUGUCGUCACCACGCACAUGGUGGGAGACUCGACCUCCUCAGCGGAGUUCUUUGUGGGCGUCGGUAUCAUCUGCUUCCUGUACAGCAUGGCGGCUCUGCUGGUGUAUUUAGGCUACAUGCACGUCUACAAGGACUCUGAUUUUGGACCCAUUUUUGACUUUGUGAUCACCGCAAUCCUGGUCUUCCUGUGGCUGGUGUGUUCGUCAGCCUGGGCAAAGGGCCUGCAGAACGUGAAGGACGCCACGGACACUGAAGGCAUCAGCGACACGUUGGCGCUCUGCAAAGGCACCAACAUCACCUGUGAGGUCACGGAGUUCGCCAGCGUGCGAGCCCUCAACAUCUCUGUGGUGUUUGGCUACCUCAACAUGUUUGUGUGGGCGGGUAAUGCCUGGUUUGUGUACAAGGAGACUCGUUGGCACGCCCAGAAAUUCUCCUCCCAUCCUGGACCUGCAAGGCAGCAGGUCCCUGCACCGAUCUAACGUCCAUACGGCAAGACAGUCGCAUGCUAAACAAAACAUGCACGCACGGAAAAACACACUUCCAGUACACACUCAAGUAUGCAUGCAUGUUUAAGUACAUGCAUACACAAAUGUAAACAGUGUAAAUGAAAACAUUUUUAAACAUACAUGCACACAAAAAAUGCUUAGUGAAGACAGAUAAAAUGAAGUAUAGUCAGAAAGCAUACAUCGAACUGUUGUUUUGCUUUAUUUGGACCUUAUUAUUGGCAUUUUGUGACCUAGAAUGACUUGAUGGCCCGUCGUUCUUUGCACAUUCGCACAGUUCUGAAGGAAAUGUACAUACAAAUACAAAUAAAUUAUUCCUCUGUGGAACUAAGUAGGACCAAUUGGGCAGAAGAUGCUGUCACACACGAUGUUUAAUGUGCCUUUAUUUUGUAACCUCUUCCACAUACUACAACAACACCAAUGCAAUUAGGAUGCCAAAUGCUUUUGAUCAUUUCUCAUGCUUUAGGAAACAUAUAAAUGUGGGUUUUAUAACAGUAUCAUGCCUUGUUUUUAGGAGUUUUACACUUUUAAUUCCAUUUUCUGCUUGAGUGUAGUACACUUAAUUGAAUAAAGAUGAGUGUAAGGUACUUUAAACUUAUUCUCUGUGGCAUCACAAUUACAUUUUUAGCAAGGAGAAGGUAAUUCAAGGUUUUCAGGGUCAUACAGAGGAGAGUACUUUUAACUGUGAGGCAUCAUUUGACAUAUUUUCUCUGUUCCAUUUUAUUUUUACGCAUUUUUUAAACAUUUUUACGCCUAUAAAAGCAAGUGGAUCGCUCAAAUAUUCUUUCAUUUCAAUUAAUCAACUCUCACAGUUAAACCAUUCACCCUCUACUGGUAGAAAUCAGAUAUUAAACUAAUGACCUGAACUAGAAAAUGUCUAAAUAGUCUCUUUUCUUGUCGUGUAUUAAUAAGGUGCAUGUGUAAAAGCUUUUCUUCUUGCAGGUUUUCUGAUGUAGCUCAUUUUUGAAGCUUCCACAUACUGAAAACUAUACAAAGUGCCUCCAGCUCAAAUAUUAAGAAUGUAGUUUGUGCAUUUAAUGUUUGAGGUUUUUAUUUUUCAUUCACACGUGGUGCUUAAUGUGAUUUUAUAAAGUCGUUUAUAGCACUGUGAAUGUCAUUCCAUGAAGAAUGCGUGAGAGUUUGCUUCUGUUUUAUUCCAGGAAAUCAUCUUCUUCCAAGGUACCACUUCAAAGAUGAAUCCUUUUGCCAUCAUGUUGAAUGUAUUAGUAACAUCCUAUUUACUAUUUAAUUGUAAUUUUCACCUUUUUUUCAUAACUGAAAGAUAUUCCGCCAAAUCUUUUUUUCCUCUGUUCGAGCUUCUUUCAUAUCUCCAUGUGAUGCUAAAUCAAUUAUUUUGUUGUUGUUCCGUCCAGAACAUCUUGUUCUCCAUUAUCUGCUUGUUUUUUUAUUAUUUUUAUUUUAUAAUCCAUCACGAGACACACAAGCAAUGAGCUGGUUUUGUGUUUUUUAUGAACUGUGUCACAUUGUUGUCACUAUUAGUAUAUGCAAAUUGUUAGGUUGAGUAGUGUUAUUCUGUUUUCUUUGUUUGUCUGUUGGGUUUUGAUAUAGUAGAAAUGUAAGAUGAUGUACAUUCCUUUAACUUUUAUCCAAAAGCAAAGUUAAAUGAAGCAUCCAGUGAGUGUGUGCAUGGUAUACUGGUUAUACCUCCACACUGCUGCAAACAUCAUCCGACCGGCAAUAGCUUUCUAAUGAUUCCUAUGCAUUUAACCUGCCAAAAUGUCUUAUUCAAGAGAGAUAUGCACUCAGUGACAUGCACAAAUCCAGUGUACUUGUUUGUUUUUUUUUCAAUAAAAGCCAAUGAUUUUUUUCA